AUGACAAAGUCGUCAGAUCCAAAAAUGUCUGGAAAAAAAGAAACUGAGGAUAGGCCAAUACAGAGAUUAUGUUCUAAGUAUAAUGUUAAUUAUAAUCUUAUUAUGUUAAAAAUUACAUUAUUUCUAAUGUAUGGAGGUAAGUUUAGUUGAAUAUAACCUACACACAUUACAGCCAAAUAUUUUACACAUUUUAUGUUAAUAUUUUUAUUUACUUUUAGCAACAUCAUCAUUAAUCCCAUACUUAACUAUUCAUAUGCAAAGCAUUGGAUUGUCAGUAGAAGAAAUUGCUAUUGUUUAUUUGGCACUGCCUCUGACUACAUUUUUAGCUCCCCCCGUUUCAGGUACUUUUAUAGUUGUAACCAUUCAAAGUAUAAUACAUAAUAAUUAUUAAUAUUAAAAAAAAUGUAUUUAGGAUUUUUGGUAGACAAAUUUGGCCAAUAUAAGCCAGUUUUGUUUAUAUCAUUGGCAUUAAAUGCUAUAUUUCAUCAUUCGUUGAUAUUAAUACCUCAAAUGGAAACACCUGGAGCAGUCCCAUCAGCAUAUGUUAUGAGACAUCCAGAGUCUGGGAAAGUUGAUGUAUUUUAAAUAUUUUAAAUAGUACAAUGUGAACUCAAUUAUAUUGAUAUAUUUUACAAAAACAAUACUUAAAACAUUUCAAUAUAUAUGAUUCAGUAAUACUUAGUUACAUACUAAGAAAUAUGUCCAAAUACAAAUUUAAUUUAAAAUAAAAAAUUAUGAAUUUAUCAAUAGGUAAAUAUAAAUAAAAAUGUGUUUAGUCCAUGAUUUAAAAUAAGAGAGGAUUAAUUCAAAAUGUUUGUUUAAGUAGGUACUAUGUAUGUUUAUUUAUACUUGGGUCAAGAAGUAAUAUUAUAUUAUGUCAAAGUAAUAUUUUUGUGAAACUUAAAUACUUGUUUUUAAAAAAUCCUAAAUGCUAAAAUAUUAUUUUAAAUAUUUUAAUUUUAUGAUUUGGUAUCUGGUUGAUUCAAAAUAAUUUAUAUUCAAUAAAUUAAUGAUUUUUUUUACUAAAAAAUUGAGAUAAGAUGUAGUUAAUUAUGUCUAAUAUACCACAAAUUGAUUUAAAUCUCUGGUUUUAUUAUUUUUAAUAUAUACAAAUCGUGUUAGGUGUGGUGGAGUCCUUGUCCUAGCAGGGAAUGUCCAGAAGAUGAAGAAAUUAAUUUAGUCUUGGAUGAAUGUGAUGAUCAUUGUUUAUUAAGAGAUUAUAGUAUACCGCAUGAAGAAAAUAAAGGGGUAACGAAUAUUGAGCAAAGCAUAGCAGUUAGACCACCAACUUUUAUUACUGGACCAACUAAUAUACAAGUAUGAAUACCUAUAUAAUUGUUUAAGGUUACAGUACAAUGUCUUGUCCCUAUGCUCUUUUGCAAUAUUUGCUAAGUAAAAGUUAUUAGAGUUAUUUAAUUAUAUUUGUAAAGGUAUAGUGGUAUAUAGCUAUACUGUUCUUCAAAAAAAAUAUUCUGUUUUUAAUAGGCAAUAAUGCUGUAGUCAAUGUUACAAAAUAUUUUUAAUUCUUAGCAAGGCAAUAUACUGAUAUAAGCAAAAACGAUGUAAGUCACUAGAGAACAUUUUCGAAAAAAAAAAUUUAUACUUUGCAUUUUAGUUUCUAAGUGGAGCAAAGGAAUAUAUUGGUUUAACAAUAAUUUUUUUUUUUUUUUUUUUUGUUUAUACUGUGCAUAAAAAAUCUACCAGAAAUCUUCCUCCGAUUUUCAAGUGUUGUAGCACAUUUUCUGAAAGGAAAUUUUCAUGGGCUGGGACUUAAAACAGGUCAUUUUUAGUUUUACAAGUAGUUUUCAAAAUUGGCGAAAAACUAAAAAAUUUAUGAAAACAUGAAUAAUCAAACUCUAUUCAGAAUCGUUUUUUGUUAGCAAUAAUUAAUCAUUGCAUAUAAAAAUACAUUAAAUUCCCUUAUACAUAUACUCAAACAUAUCCUACCUUCCCAACUUCUCAUCUACAAUGGUUCACUCAUUGUGUAAAGUAUAUCAGUCUAUUUUAAAAUUAAUAACACUUACAUUUUAAUUCCUAAAGUAUAAUAUGGAAUUUCGUAUACAAUUUUACCAGAUUAAUGUAAUCAAAUAAAAAUAAAUAAAGAUAAAUAAAUUCGUAAGUACUUAUUUAACAUUAAAUUAUAAACAUAUUUAUAAUUUAUAUUAUUACUAUUAUUUUUGACGAUUUAUUAGUAACAGAUACAUUUUAUAUAUGUUGCAUUAUAAGUAAAACCGUAAUCUGUAUUAAAUAUAAACACUAAAAUUAUUUUUACUAUAUACUAAGUACGGUAUUUUUGUUAAGCUCAAGCUUAUUAUACAUUUUAAAAACACAUUUUUCAACAAAUAUUGUUAAAAGUCUUUUAGGAGGAAAAUAUUUCAGUUGUAUUUUACUAAUCUUCCAAUUUAUUUGGAUUUGCAGUGUUUUGGGUUAUGAGGACAGUAAAGAAAAAAUAUGUAUAUAAAAAAAAUUAAUUUACGUCCUAGAUUGGUUUAAUAUGUACAAAUAAAACAUUUGCAGUGUUACUUUUGACAAAUUUAAUUUUUUAUAACUUAUACAUUUAACAAAUGCAUUUUUAGAUGAAAAAAGAUAUCUAAUCUAUAGAUAUCUAAUACUAUAUGCAUCGAGAUUCUUAUAGUAUAAAUAUUAUAUACAAUUUUCUAAUUUAAUAUUUUAACCUAUUAUGUAUAUAAAUUUUUUUAGUUUUAUACACUUUGAAACAAUAACUACUUUUUAAUUAGGUAUUAUCUUGUAAAUUUAGUAUCAUAAACUAUCAAAAAGCUAGGUUAGAUUAGGCUUUUUUUUGUUUUAAACUAAAAUGUAGUUAAAAUAGAGUUAGUACCUAACUUAGUACUCUUAUUUUGUACCUACCGAAUAUAGAUUAUAUAUAUCUAAUAAAAUAUGAAAUUUGUAUAAAAUAUGUAUGAUUGGUUUAGUAGGUACCUAUAUUGUUCAUAUAUUAUCUCAAUAGUUAAUCAAUUAAGAGAAUUUAUAAUUACAUAGAUUCUGCUCAAACGAUUUAUUUAAUUUUCUCAUUUUAGCAACAACCUCCAAAUUGUAUAAUGCCACCUGCUAAUAAUCACCAACCAGGGAUAGAUGACCCAGAUUUGUUUUUCAUUUACGAAAAAACAAAACAAGCUAAAAAUAUUACUAAGCAAACGUGGGUAUAUUUAUGCAUUUACCUUUUCAGAUAAUUGUUCUGUCUAGUUUAUUUAUUCUUCAUACAAAUAUAAUUUGUGUAAACCACAUAUGCAUCGAGUACCUCUAUAGAUAAGUUUAAAAAAAAAAUUGAAAUUUUAAAUAUGUUGCAGUCCAAAGAAACCAGAAACCAAGAAAAAUAAACUGAGGAUGGGUGUUUUGUUGAAUAAUGAAACCGUAAAAGAAAUUGCUAAUAUUGGAGCUGGUUUAAAUAAUAUUAAUGAUACAUCCAGCAAAAAAGAAGCAACUGUGUUUGUGGUUUUGGAUAUGCACCCAGGACUUAUGGACCCAACUGAAACGUUAGGUAGGCAUAUUCCCUAUUAGAGUCCUACAUAGUGAAAAACUAUUGUUUAAUUGUUAAAAUUUCAGUAGAAUAGUGGGUAAAAGUAUUUAUUUAACUUAGUGUUAGUAUAUUGUAUAAAAUACAAUAUAACUUGUGAGACAUAAAGAGAAAAUAUGUGUAGGCAAUGUGGAAAUAUAUAACCAACAGGGUGAAAUUUUUAAAUUCCUUACUUUUGCUAUUUUAAAUAUUUUUGGAGUGUUUUUUAGAUUUUUAAAUAGAUUUUUUGUUGAAAUAGUAAAAUUCUGGACUCUAAUUAUGACAUAUCAAACAUUAAUUAUUACUAAUUUCGAUUUUAUUAAUAUGUAAAGGAAUGGAAUUACCAGAACCUGACCAAGAUGAACAAGUCACAGAUUUUCGUCAACAUUUUUCAUCAGACAUGUUGAUAACAUCCGGAGUUAACUUUUCAGCACUUCUAGAUCACGAUUUAAGAUGUGGUGGUAGGGUGUUGGCAACUAAUCUUACGUAUAACAAACUAAAAGAGCUUGCUGCAGAUUGCAUGCUUCAAAAAUGUAUUUUCAGGUACCUAUUUAAAUUGAUAUUAAAGUAUAAAUGUUAAUAAGUAGGUAUGCAUCAUGUUAUAGGCAACAAGGUUGACAACCAAUGAAAUAGAUAGGUCAAUACUGUGCUCGGGUCAGCUAAUAUUAUAUACAUUUAUAAAAUACAAAUAUAAUAAAUUGUUAUAAAACCAAUAGUUUAGUACUAGAAUUUAUUUUAACUAAUACUCUAUUUAUUUACAUUUUAAAUAUAGGUUGCCAUUUGGAAAUCAAAAGUAGGUAGUGAUUUUGCUAUCAAAAAUAAGGGUGAUGAAAAAUAAUAUAAUUAUAAAAUUUUAGAGCUGCUUGUUUCUUAAAUAUUCUAGAAAACAAAUCCUGGAAUAAGUUAAUACUUUCUGAGAUAAUGUGUGUACCUACUUGAAUGGACCACCUUGUAUAAUAUUGUAAUUACUUAGAAAUAAAUUUUGAGAAAAUUGUUCAUUUGCUUUAUAAUAUUAAUUUUCUAUUGAUUUGAUUAUAUAAUAUACUGAUAUAUUUGUUUGUAAUAAUUGACAGUACAAUGAUUUUUAUAUUUAAAUAUAUAUUUUUAUAGGACAGGCGGACCUGAGCGAUGUCCACCUGAAUAUAAACCUUCAAACGAGAAAGUGUUUUGGAUAUACUUUGGCCUACGGUUUGUAGGUACAACCAUGUUAGCUGCAUCAGUUACAGUAAUGGAUCCUAUUGCUUUAAGUCUAAUACAAAGGUAUGGGGGACAAUUCGGUAGAGAAAGGUUAUUUUCGACUGUUGGAAUGGCAUUAUUCUCUCCACUCACUGGUUGGCUAAUUGAUCGCAUGAGUGCAAAAAAGGGUAUUUUAUUAUUAUUAACCAAUUUUAUAGAUAAAUUGAAUGCAUAUUUUAAUUAUAUAUUAGGUUACACGGAUUACUCAUCUGCAUUCUACACUUAUGAUAUUUUACUUGUUUUAUCAAUGGUAACCUUAUUAAUGAUGCCAGUUGGCAUAAAAAUGCCUGCAGAUCAUAUUUUAAAAGAUAUGAUAAGGUUAUUAAAACUGCCUCAUGUAACUGCAUUUAUAUUCUUUUUGUUUGUACUUGGAAAUUGUUGGGGAUUUAUAGAAUCAUAUCUAUUUUUAUAUCUUAAAGAAUUAGGAGCUCCUAACUACUUAUUAGGUAAUUAUAAAUAUGAACAAACGAAUAAAUUAUUAAAAUCAGAUAUUUAUAUAUUCUACUGAAAAAAAAAAAUAUUAAUCAAUACUACAGGAAUAACAGUGUCUGUAGCAACUAUCAGUAGUAUUCCAUUUUUGUAUGGAGCAGAAAAAAUCUCUAAAAAAAUUGGUCAUGUCAAUAUCAUUGUCAUCGCCUUCUUUUCACACGCAGCCAGAUUAAUGGGAUAUUCAUUUAUUGAGUAAGAUAAUGUUUAUAUAUUUAUAAAAUAUUAAUUUAAUAAAAUAAAAUAUGUUAUUACAGAGAUCCAUGGUGGGUUUUCCCAUUUGAAGCAAUUGAAUCUUUAGCAGUUCAUUUAAUGUGGGUAGCUGCUGCAACAUAUUGUGCUUUACUUGCACCCAAAAAUCUUCUAGCAACACUUAUAGGUGUUUCAGGAAUGUCCCAUUUUAGUCUUGGUAAAUAACAAUGUUUUAUUUUUUUGUCAAUACUUUUUUCAUUAACCUAAAAAAUAAAAAAAUAAAUCAGGUCGUGGAAGUGGAAGUUUUUUCGGCGGUCUUUUAAUUGGAUCAUAUGGAACAAGGCAAUCAUUUAGAUUGAUGGGCUUAUUAGGCAUCAUAAGUGGUACUAUUUAUGGACUAUUGCACUGUAUGUGGCUUCACAAGUUUGAAAAACAAAAUACAACUGAGAAAUUUGGUAAAUUUGUUUGAUUAAUAGUAGUUUACAUUAUAGACAAUUAUGAAUGGAAGGAAACUUAAAUAACUAAAUGUUACUAAAAUUUAGAACCAUCAGAAGUAGAUUCUCUUAAAGGAAUCGAAGAAAAUAAUAAAGAAGACUUGACUGAUAUAGAAUUGGAGGCUAGACGUUUAAGUUUAAUGAUAAAAUUUAACCAUCGUGGUUCUUUAGCAUCUUUGGAUAAAGAACUACUACCUAAACCCCAAAGUGAUCUUAGAAGUGGAUCAUUGCAACCACCUAAAGUUGACUUGCUCAAGUCUACUCUUGAACUAAAUUACUUGCAUAAAAAAGCUAAUGUGAACAAACCAAUUUUAAAGAAAGAAGAAAACUGUACAUCAACUCCACAAGCAAAUAGGAAAUCAAUAAUUAUUCAAACUACAAUGGAAGAAACAAAAAGUUUAGGCAACACUGAAGAACAUUAA